CUGCCCCGGCUCUGCCCCGGCUCUGCCCCGGCUCUGCCCCGGCCCCGCGGUGCCGGCGGCAGGAAGGAGGAAGGGACACGGCAGGAGGGAGAGCGACCUGCUCGGGCUCUGGCAGCACGAGGGAAAAAUGAACAAGAUGAAAAACUUCAAGAGGAGGUUUUCGCUCUCGGUUCCGCGGACGGAGACCAUCGAGGAGUCACUGACGGAGUUCACGGAGCAGUUCAACCAGCUCAACAACCAGAGGAAUGAAGACCUGGCUCAAGGGCACCUGCAGCUGGGACAGCUGGGCAGGGAAUUCCGGGCCGACAGCAGCCCCCUCUCGCCGUCGGAGGUGGAAGGGCAGUCCCCGGUGGCCGUCAGGUACCGCAGCAACAACCAGCGUCGCUUCUCCAUGGAGGACGUCAGCAAACGCCUCUCCCUGCCCAUGGACAUCCGCCUGCCCCCCGAGUUCCUGCAGAAGCUGCAGAUGGAGAGCCCGGAGUUCCCCAAGCCCCUGAGCAGGAUGUCCCGACGGGCUUCCCUCUCAGAUAUUGGGUUUGGGAAGCUGGAGACCUACGUUAAACUGGACAAACUGGGGGAGGGCACCUACGCCACCGUCUUCAAGGGACGCAGCAAACUGACAGAAAACCUCGUGGCCCUGAAGGAAAUCCGGCUGGAGCACGAGGAGGGGGCUCCUUGCACGGCCAUCCGGGAAGUGUCACUGCUGAAGAACCUGAAGCACGCCAACAUCGUGACCCUGCACGACAUCAUCCACACCGAGCGCUCCCUCACCCUCGUCUUCGAGUACCUGGACAACGACCUCAAGCAGUACCUGGAUAACUGUGGGAACCUGAUGAGUGUGCACAACGUGAAGAUCUUCAUGUUCCAGCUGCUGCGGGGUCUGGCUUAUUGCCACGGGAGGAAGAUCCUGCACCGAGACCUCAAACCCCAGAACCUGCUCAUCAACGAGAGGGGGGAGCUCAAACUGGCUGAUUUUGGGCUCGCCAGGGCCAAGUCAGUGCCCACAAAAACAUAUUCCAACGAGGUGGUCACGCUGUGGUACCGCCCCCCCGACGUCCUGCUGGGAUCCACGGAAUAUUCCACCCCCAUCGACAUGUGGGGCGUGGGGUGCAUCCACUACGAGAUGGUGACGGGGCGGCCCAUGUUCCCCGGCUCCACGGUGAAGGAGGAGCUGCACCUCAUCUUCAGGCUGCUGGGUACCCCCACAGAGGACACCUGGCCUGGGAUCACAUCCAACGAGGAGUUCAAGGCUUACAACUUCACCCAGUACCGAGCCCAGCCCUUGAUAAAUCACGCCCCCAGGCUGGACUCAGAAGGCAUUGACCUGCUGGCAAACCUCCUCCUGUACAGGGUCAAGAGCCGGAUCUCAGCAGAGGCAGCCCUGCAGCACCCCUACUUCAAGAGCCUGGGAGACAGGGUGCACCUCCUGCCUGACAAUGCCUCCAUUUUCUCCCUGAAGGAGAUCCAGCUUCAAAAGGACCCUGGCUACCGAGGCUCAGCCUUCCAGCAGUCAGCCCGAGGGAAGAACAGGAGGCAGAGUAUAUUUUAAACCUGGAUCUCAUGUUCCCCUUGUCACCAUGGAGAUGGAAGCACUGAGAAAGGAGACAGGCAGCGAGCUCCCACCCGACCCCCCGCAGGAUUCCCAGCCGGGGCAGGACAAUGCUGAAGUGCCCUUGGCCUCAGGAUGUCCCCGUGUGUCCCCAAACCCCCUGGAGCUGCUGCUGAUGGACCUGUGGCCUUGUUUUCCCCCUCCUGUUUCCGUGUUGUCCCCGUCAGACACGUGAGCUGCCACCCCCCCGAGCAGGGGCUCCACUGAGGAGCUGCAGGACCACGACCUUGUACAGCUGCACCCCGGGGGUGAGCUGGGCACCCUGGGGGUUCUGUGAAGCACGGGGUGGUGUCUCCCAAGUUGUGGUGUUUGGCCCAGGCAGGCGUUUCUGAACACGUACCUUUGCUCAGACAACCUGCUCUGCACCCCCAGUUUCUUGGGGGGGACACUUUGCAGCUGUGAGUCAUGGGCAUGACCCAGCCUGGCACUGGGAGGCUGCCCCUGGAGCACAGAAACCAGGGCAGCCCUCCCUUGUUUCCCUUGCUUCUGCCUGCAGAGCCCCUUUUUUUUUCUCUCCCCAUCUUUGGUCCCUGAGUCCUGACAAGGAUGGGGCAGCUGGAAGGGGAGGGCUCCCCAUCGCUUCUCCCUCCACAUCUCCCCCUCCUUGCCGUCAUCGUGGUCCCAAAUUCAGCCAGCUGGGAUGUCCUAAAUUCAGCCAGCUGGGAUGUCCUGAGCUGGGGGCAGGUACCUGUGCAGAGGAGGGGCCAGGUGAGCCCUGGCUCUGUGCUGUGCCCUCCAACCAGCCUUUCCCAGGCACCCACGGAGCAGCCCCUUCCUCAUCCCCCCACAGCCACGACCCUCUCUGACCCCACAAGGGGCAGGAUGGGGGUCCCAGGCAGUGUCUCAGGAGCACAUCUCCCCCCCCAUCCCAUCCCUGAGCCCCCACAGCACAAGGCAGAGCCCGAGUCCCAGGCAGCAGAGCGCUGCACACGCCCACCUCAGCGCGCUUCUCCCCGGAGGAAGGGAGAGAGGUGCCAAACCUCCCACAGCUCAGCUGUGGGCGCCAGAAAUAGAGCUGGAGAGAAGCAGACCGUCCCUCGAGCCUCCCUGCCUGCCCUCGGGGUGGGGAUUGUCCCAGCCCCGGCUCAGAGGGCUCUGGGGACAGAGGGGGGUGUGAGGUGUGAGCGUGCUGUGCCGGCUGGAGGCUGCCCUGGCUGUGUUUUCCCCUCCACACCCUUCAGGAAGAUGCCAAAUCCAUCCUGAGCGAAGGGGCCCUGCUGCACCUCUCCCCCACAGCCUGCAAACAGUCUGCAAGUGUGUGAGCAUGGCAAGAAGUCUCUCUACUGUACAUUAUUCCUGUCAUUUCCUUGGACGACUGGUCCCCUCACCCAGUGCUCCUGCAGCCCGUGGGUGUGACCAGGAGGAUCUGGACGUGGCCAGUGCUGUGAGUGCCACCUGGGACCGGCCUGGCAGGGUGUGCUGGUGCAUUGGGGUGCCCUGCUCAGGGGAUGGCAGCUCCCUGUGCUGCUGUUCCCCCACGGAGCAGGGAGUGAGGGCUGGUUUCUGCUUUGCUGUGCGUCAUUUCCUCUGUGAGCCUUGGAAAACACGCAGCAGGAGGAUAAAAGUGGGGACUCCAGAGGUCCCCAGAGCCCCUGGGACGGCUCCUCCCCGUGCCAGUGCUGGCUGCUCCCUGUGAGCUUCCCCAUCCCAGCAGAGCUGUUGAUUGGGGUCUGUCCUAGACAAGCAUCCAGACGUCUGCAUUGUUUGAGGUUUGCCCAUCCCUGCUCUGUUCCCUCUCGCUGUGUCCAGCUCCCAGCAGGCUGAAUAGCUCAUUAAUUGUUUCCAUUUGAUAGGGAAGAGCGUGAGCAGCCACCAGCCCCAGUGACGCAGUUCAGCCCCGUGUCGGGGCCGUGCCCUCCCGGCCCCACUCCCGGCUCCUGCUCCCGGGGAGCUCCGCCGAGGGAGGGCUUGGCUGGAGCCACUCGGGGCUCUCACUCUGCCCUCUUUCCUUUCACAAAGGAAUUUCCUCGGAUCUGUGGGGCAGACUUGCACUUCCCGAGGCUCCCAUCAGGAAUUAGCAGCUCAGGACGGCUCAGGGGGUGCAGCAGCACCUUCAGGUCCCUGGGGGAGAGGAGUGCUGCCGUGUGCAGGGGAACAGAGCCUGGAUCAGACCAGGGAAAGCAGGAAUCUCCUUCACCCAGCCUUGGGAAGCCCACUCAGGACACGUGUGAGCAGCUCUCGUGCAGUUUUCUUGCUUGGCGUUGCCAUCCCCGUGGGGCAUAACCUUCCUGGGGCAUUGGAUGCCCAGCUGAGCCAUCCCACAUUCCCACUGGGAGGAUGGAGACAGGACACACCGGAUCAGUGUGGCCUCAGCUCUCCCUCCAUCAGGCAGAUAUUCCUGCUGAAGGUCAAAGUCACCUACAGACACCACUGGAGGAAAGACUUAGCCAUGACCAUGGAGCCAGGGGGCAUUCCCAGGAUCAGACAAGGCAAAGACAAAGGGCCUGGUGGCUCCUGUUUAUUCUUUCCUAACCUUUGCCUUUCCUACAAAUCCUCCCCAGAGGAGACACUAUUAUUUAUUAGCCCCACUAACAGCCCCAAUCUGAGAUAACCCCUUUUGUUCCACUCAUUUAGUGGGUGUUUGAUUCCCACCGAGGAGGUGAUAGGGUGUGUAAAUAUUUGGUGCCCCACUGAGCAAGGUGAGCCUGGAGCCAAAUCCCUCUUCUCCAUGUCUGGGAUAGCAUUCCAGUCUCCAUGGGCUGGCUUUAUGAGGAGAGGGAUCUCUUGGAUACCCCCCUCUCUCCUCCCUGUGCCCUCUCCAGCAGCUCAGCCCUGGCAGGAAGAGCUUUCCCAGGUUUUGGAGCACCAGCCAGCUCCCAAGUUGGAUUUCUUAUUAAAAUUCUGGGAAUUUCUUGUGGCUCUCCAGCAUUUUUUUUCCCUUGUUUUAUGGAUUCUCCCAUCCAGUGCUUUGUGGAGCAGCUGCCACUCCUGGCAGAUGAGGAGUCCUGACAAAAGGAAAUUGUUGCUUUGUUCUUCCACACAUUUUUCUUGGAAUUUUUUCUUUUUUUUGGUUUCUUUUUACCAGUCCUGGUGAAAAACAGGAGUUUUGGCCGUGCCAUCAGGAAAGGCCGUGUUCUCCCAACUUUUCAGCUCACGGCUGGGUAAAGGAAUGUAAGUAAAGUGAUGUGCAAAGUGAGGUCUGUGUUUGGGACCACAGUAACACUUGGAGGCAGAGCUGGUUCAUCUCAUUUCAUCUCUCCCUUCCCACCUGCACACGCCUUUCCUGGCCCAACCCUUUGCCAGAUCUAUGUUAAGAUUUUAAACAACAAAACUACAUUGUAUCUUGGAGACUGAGGACAAAAUAAAUGCCUUUUUUUAUUUUUUUUUUCCCUCUCCCUUACACACGAGGCAAAAAAAAAAAAACAAAACCAACCUAAUUAAAGGGCAUUUUCCCAAGGUUCUCCAAUGUUUUCUUUGGGGUUUUUUCACCUGAUCUCACCUGCCAAAAGCUCUGGCUCUGCCUGGUGGUGCUGCUCCAGCUGUGCUGCACAUCUGCCCUGUCUCUGUGCGCUCCUGUAAAAGCUGAUUUUGGAUGUCCCUGAGCACCCCCUGUCUGGGCACAAACGCUCUGAAACCCAUUUUCGAGUUUCUCCUCCCUCCUCAGCAUCGAGCUUGUCCUGCAGCAGGAAAAAUGGAUGCAAGUGGCCAGGAUGCACAAACUGUGAACGUCCUCUGGUGUUGAUUCAUUUGCAGAAGACCAGUAAUAUAUUUAACGAGUGUUGUACGAGCGAAAGACGCGUUUUAAAAGAAACGGUUUUAAAGAUUUAUUCCGAAAGGAGCA